AUGGUGAAUAACCUCCAAGUCGCUUUAAGAGAGCGAUUACAACCCCCAGAUAAUGGAGUCCAAUUAAUGCGUUCAAUUUUGGAGUUAAACCACAUCCCGCAUCCUUACGAUUUAGGAGUAACCCUCUCUUUAACGCAUUAUUACAUGAAAUUCGGGAUUGAUACAACCCCAUUAAAAGAAAUUUUACAAACUAGGAAUUACCUCAAUCGAGAUUUAGAAAACGAUAUUUUAGAUUUAUUAUCAAUCAAUGAAUACGCCUCAAAAAAUCGCAAUUCUUUACCCCACUUUUUAAAUGAGUGUAAUGGACGAAAUCGAAUACAAAGAUAUCGACACCCUGAUGUCAAAUUCGCUAUUGGGAUGGUUAUGAGACACAAAUUGUUUAAUUAUACUUGCGUUAUUUAUGGUUGGGAUCAUAUUUGUCCUGAAAGUGAUGCGUGGAAACGAGAGAUGAAUGUGGAUCAGUUGCAGUUUGGAGCGAGACAGCCGUUUUAUCAGGUUUUGGUGGAAGAUGGGACUAAAAGAUACGCGGCGCAGGAGAAUUUGAUUUUUAGCGGAGUUAAAAAUGGGUUGCAUAAGAAUCCGGAGGUGGCUAGGUUUUUUACUCAUUUCUUUGGAGACCAAUAUGUGCCAAAUUGCAUGAAAAAUGAGGAAUAUCCGAAUGAUGUUGAAGUGAGGAUGAAAUUUCAUUUAGAAGUUUCGUAA